UGGUAGAAGAACCCUGUCAGAAGUCUGUGAGGCAGCCCAAAGCCCUUGGUGUCAACAUGGCUUGUCUCCGUGGGUUCAGCCUGUCUCGCAUCCCCUCUAUCCUGAGGUUGGCGGUACUGUACGUGGCCUACGUGUUGAUCGGAGGACUGAUCUUCUGGAAGCUGGAAGGAGGUCUGGUCCAGCAGGAUAUAGCCCGUAUACUGGCGGACAAGAGGGCGCUACUAAACACAUACCCCUGUCUGAACCAAGAGGCCCUGGAUGCUAUGGCUCAGGUGAGUGAGUGUGUGAGAGAGAUGGUGCUAACAUGUGUCUCCUUUGUCCUGAUCUUGUUCACAUUAUGAUUGUGCCCACAUUUUUAGACAGUUCCAGACAAUAGAAAACGCAUUGCGAUCUGAUUGAGAUUGAGACCAUUUAAAGCAUAAUUAUCUUGAACUCUAAAAUCAUUGACAGGUGGCAACAUUGACGUAUGGCAUCAAUAUGUCUUAAAAUAAUACAUAAAUAAAUACAUAUUCAUUUGAAAGAAUAUCUGUCAAGAAAUUUUUAUACAGGAAGGGUCCAGAAAAUCUGGUCACAAUGCGGAUCAGAGUAUCCACCUGUUGUCUACGAAGUAUGUGACAAAUACAAUUGUAUUUGACACAGUGGACAGAUAAGAGACACAUUUUAAUAUCAUGUGCAGAUGCGACAAACCUUGAUCAAAUAGCAAUUGGAUCACCUUGAUCAGAUCACAAAAACCACAUGUUAGCGUAAGGUGUAAACGUGGCUUUACAGUUACGGGCAAAUGUGUUUGGGAGAAUAUUAAACCUCCAAUUAAGUUUUUUGAUGUAGCCUUUUUCAAUUAUUCCAUAUUUGCAUUUCUUCUUUUUUAAAUGAUUCCUUACGUAUAUAUAUAUAUUUUAAUAGUUAAGACAUAAAGGGGAGACAGACUAGUGACAUUAUGAGAGGCAGUUAAUAAAUGACUGAUGAAAGCAGAGUAGAGUUGUGGCAGUGUUACCCACUCAGCCACACUAAGGCACCAUAUUUACAUUUCUACAUACUACCAAAUGUCGACAAAACAAAAUACGCUAGACAAGAUGGGAUCUUUUUGUGUCUGUAAAUUGAAUUAUGCGAGAAAUGUCAGUGGAAACUGAAAUAUUGAUAUAAUAACCAUCAUAUUGAACUUGAAUUUACAGGGUGGUGAAAGUGCAAUGUGAUGAGCUUGAUGCUCCUUUAAAAAUAAGUAUUGAGGGUCUUAUUCUGGUGAAAUUAUCAUUGAUGCUUGGCUGCCGUUUGACAAAUAAAAAUAAUCUCGCUCUUUUGUCCAUAAUAAUCACAUCAUAUAGGCUAUCCUAUCCGCACUGUAUCUGUAAGCUGUUGGCUUGCCAGAGUGGGCACACUCGCUAUAUAACACAACUUUUUUGUGAGAAAACCAUCAGUAGAGUUGAAAAUGCGAUGGAAACCCAUUUGUAUUUUUUAUUCGGUACAUGGGAAUUUAAAUGCAAAAGGUAUUUUUAUGUACACGAAGUCAUCACGCACAACCUUUUAUCCGCACAAGUACAUUUGAAUCUGAAUCUCUGGUGGGAAAAUAUGCAUAUUAUUUUUACACAGAUUUGAGAAUAUUCAAUAUUCACAUGAGAAUCUGUUGCCAAUUGGAUGGAAACCUAGCUACUGACCCAUUUACAAGGAUAAUACUAGUCUGUCAAGAGGUGCUGACUCACUGCUGGAGAGUUGACUGAUGUUUACAAGGCAAGGAGGCAAUCCUUUCCCAUGCAAAUUGAGGUACUUUUAACAAUGCACUGCUUUUCCUGAGUGUCAUCCCUUCACAUUUAAGUUGUUCCAAAGUUCCCCUGGGUGUUCCCAAGUAAUCCAUUUUGGGAUGGAAGAACUCUCUCAAACUUUAUGAGAGGUUGCAAAAUGUUCUUAAAUCAUAAUUGUUUUAUUCAACUUUAAAAGCUUUAGCUGUGCAUUUAUGUAAAGUGGUGGGUAGAUUUAAAUGGUUGAGGUUGGGCUUCUGUGGACAGGUAGGUCGGUCUGCAGUCCUCUGGCAGCGGGUUCAAGCUGUGGUAGUUGUUUUGUGAGCAGUAGCGGUGCUUAGGUAAAAUCAAUAGGGAAGCCAAGCCAGGAAAAAAAGCCACAUUACAACCUACAAAAGUAUUCAUCCCCCUUGGCGUUUUUCCUAUUUUGUUGCAUUACAACCUGUAAUUUAAAUUGAUUUUUAUUUGAAUUUCAUGUAAUGGACAUACAAAAAAUAGUCCAAAUUGGUGAAGUGAAAUGAAAAAAAUAACUUGUUUUCAAAAAUUUUAACAAAUAAAUAACGGAAAAGUGGUGCGUGCAUAUGUAUUCACCCCCUUUGCUAUGAAGCCCCUAAAUAAGAUCUGGUGCAACCAAUUAUCUUCAGAAGUCACAUAAUUAGUUAAAUAAAGUCCACCUGUGUGCAAGAUAAGUGUCACAUGAUCUGUCACAUGAUCUCAGUAUAUAUACACCUGUUCUGAAAGGCCCCAGAGUCUGCAACACCACAUAGCAAGGGGCACCACCAAGCAAGCGGCACCAUGAAGACCAAGGAGCUCUCCAAACAGGUCAGGGACAAAGUUGUGGAGAAGUACAGAUCAGGGUUGGAUUAUAAAAAAAUAUCAGAAACUUUGAACAUCCCACAGAGCACCAUUAAAUCCAUUAUUAAAAAAUGGAAAGAAUAUGGCACCACAACAAACCUGCCAAGAGAGGGCCACCAACCAAAACCCACGGACCAGGCAAGGAGGGCAUUAAUCAGAGAGGCAACAAAGAGACCAAAUAUAACUCUGAAGGAGCUGCAAAGCUCCACAGCGGAGAUUGGAGUAUCUGUCCAUAGGACCACUUUAAGCCGUACACUCCACAGAGCUGGGCUUUACGGAAGAGUGGCCAGAAAAAAGCCAUUGCUUAAAGAAAAAAAUAAGCACGUUUGGUGUUCGGCAAAAGGCAUGUGGGAGACUCCCCAAACAUAUUGAAGUAGGUACUCUGGUCAGAUGAGACUAAAAUUGAGCUUUUUGGCAAUCAAGGAAAACACUAUGUCUGGCGCAAACCCAACACCUCUCAUCACCCCGAGAACACCAUCCCCACAAUGAAGCAUGGUGGUGGCAGCAUCAUGCUGUGGGGAUGUUUUUCAUUGACAGGGACUGGGAAACUGGUCAGAAUUGAAGGAAUGAUGGAUGGCGCUAAAUAAAGGGACAUUCUUGAGGGAAACCUGUUUCAGUCUUCCUGAGAUUUGAGACUGGGACGGAGGUUCACCUUCCAGCAGGACAAUGACCCUAAGCAUGCUGCUAAAGCAACACUCGAGUGGUUGAGAAUCUGUGGUAUGACUUAAAGAUUGCUGUACACCAGCAGAACCCAUCCAACUUGAAGGAGCUGGAGCAGUUUUGCCUUGAAGAAUGGGCAAAAAUCCCAGUGGCUAGAUGUGCCAAGCUUAUAGAGACAUACCCCAAGAAACUUGCAGCUGUAAUUGCUGCAAAAGGUGGCUCUACAAAGUAUUGACUUUGGGGGCGGGUGAAUAGUUAUGCACGCUCAUGUGUUAUGUUUUUUGUCUUCAAAGUGGUAGUUAUGUUGUGUAAAUCAACUGAUACAAACCCCCCCAAAAUCAAUUUUAAUUCCAGGUUGUAAGGCAACAAAAUAGGAAAAAUGCCAAGGGGGGUGAAUACUUUCGCAAGCCACUGUAUGCAUGUGUUGUGAUAACUGCAUUGUUUGGUCUAUAACCUGUUAGUUCAUAUGCAACCGUGAUAUAUAGGCCUAAGGCCUAGACAAUAAGAAGACAACAGUCACACAGUGGCAGAAUAAAUUCAACCACACGUUUGUUUCAUCACAAAACCGGAGAGCAACAUCUGACCGGUAAGAUCCACAAAGCAUAUUGCAUGUAAUGAGCAGUUACAUAACCUACAGCAUGGUCAAGCAAGUUAAUGUUUCCGAAAUUUUCGGCCAACUAGAACCACGAGGAGUUACCGCAAGUCUCAAAGAAAACAGGAGCUGCCUCCACUAUUCCAUUUCAACUUCAACAUCAUCAAAUCACCUACGCCUAGUCUAAUACAGUGACAACUUAAAAAUACCAAAAACUAUUUAGCCCAAUCAACGUAAGCUAAAUAUGAUGUGAGUGUAUGUGAUGUGCGUGCAAGUAGAAAAAAACAUGUUGACUCACCCUACUUGUAGAGGAACGCCAAUGCCAUCCUUCUCUCUUUAGUCCCCUGUAGCUCAGUUGGUAGAGCAUGGCGCUUGCAACGCCAGGGUUGUGGGUUUGUUUCCCACGGGGGGCCAGUAUGAAAAUGUAUGCACUCACUCUGGAUAAGAGCGUCUGCUAAAAUGACCAAAAAAAAACGAACUUCCUUUCAUGGGCAACGAUGAACCAGCUAGUUAACAUUAGCCUACUACAUGUAGCUACAUAUUGAACAUCCAUCCUCUCAGGCCAGGGGCACAAUGUAUUAAUUUAUGUUUGGAUCAGAAUCACAGUUAUAAUCAUUGGCCAGUAUGGAGAAUUAAGUAAAGCCACAAGUCCAAAUCUCCAUCCAUGGCUAAUUUAGUAAAGGAACAAUUUUUGUUAGCUAGCUAGCCACCGGAGGACAACGACAAAAUGAGAUGCAACAAUUCACGUUUUUCCUGUCAAUGACGUUUUGCUUUUGAUGUGAUGUGAUUGGUGUGAAGACAAAUCCAAACUGGCUUCCCUUGACACUUUAUUUUGGUGUGCCAGGACCAUUUACAGUUGAUCUCACUCAGUUUAGCUCAAUGCUGAUUGGCUAUCAUUUGAUUUUUUUAAUUAUCAAGGGAGGCUAAAUGCUCGCUGGCUUAUCUUGCUAUUGAAUUCAAUGCUACGGGCAGCAAUAAUGUCAUACAUUCAGCUUGUUGCGAAUUGAAGGAAAAUUAUGAAACACAGAAAGACGAUACGUGUUUUUAUUUUUUUCUUGGUAAAUUUUUUGGGGAAGCCUGGCUUCCCUUGGCCUCCAUGAAUACACACCGCUGUAUGUGUGUACGGUAUAUGUGGGGUAACUGUCAAAUUUGUGAUGCUCCCUGCGAAGACGUUUAUGUAAUAGGCUGUGUCAACAUCUUCAUUCUGACACAGCUCCGAGACAUACCUCACUACAAGGGAUUUUCAGGUCUACUGUACAUCAUCUUCUUGACAACUGCAUUGACCUAAAAGCCCAGAAUGAGCUCAAGCGACCAUAAAGAGAUGGAACGGUGGUUACAGUCUGUCCACUAAGCAAGCAAACUGUUAUAUAACCUUGACUUACGACUGAGAGUUAGUGUGACUGUCUCGAGUAGGGGCCUUGAAAAGUUGGACCACUAGGGUUAGCAAAGGGUUUAAGAUCCGAUGCUAUUUCUCACCUACGCGAAUGUGGUGUGCUUGUAAAGGGGAGAACUGUUUCAACUAGGUGGUACCAUAGUGCCCCUAGACUUCGUAAAGUAUACAAUAUGUGAGACUCAAAUUAAAUCACCUCGAGGGAAACUCCCACCAGACAUUAAUUUGUCGAAGUUAUCUUGGUUGAGUAGGCCUAAUAAUGAAUUUAUGUCCUGUUUUCCAACACGAGACUAAUAGUCCUGCAAUUUUGUAGGCAGUGGUUCGAUUAAUCUAUGUUUUUCUGAGUUCAGUCCCCAGUACAAUCUAAAAUAGAAUUGAAAAUAUCGAUUUAAACUCAGUUACAUAAACCCAGAAGGUUUUCUUUAUUUUGACUAUUUCUAAAUGUAAGUAGUUAAGUUGAAGACUCAAAACUAUGAAAACUUGGAUUCAUUAUGUAACCAAAAAGUGUUAAACAAAUCAAUAUUUUUAUGUUAGGGAUUCUCAAAUACCACCUUGCCUUGAUGACGUUUGCACACUCUUUUCUCUAUCAUCUACUAGCUUAACGGAUGCUGUUUCCAACAGUCUUGAAUGGGUUCCCACAUAUGCUGAGCACUUUAGUCUUUCCUUCACUGCGCUUCCGACUCCUCCAAACAUCUUAAAUUGGGUUGAGGGGCGGCAUUGUGGAGGCCAGGUCAUGAUUGCCAGCUCAUCAUCUCUGUUUGGUCCAAAUAGCCCUUACCAGCCUGGAGGUGGUUGGAUCAUUUUCCUUUGAAAAUUAAAAUAAUCACGAAGCCCAAACCAAGACGAGUAUCGCUGCAGAAUGCUGUGGUAGCAUGCUGGUUAAGUGUGCCUUGAAUUCUAAAUAAAUCACAGACAGUGUCACCAGCAAAGCAACCCCACACCAUAACACCUCCUCCUCCAUGUUUUACGGUGAGAAAUACACAUGCGAAAAUCAUCCGUUGACCCACACCACGUCUUGCAAAGACACAGCGGUUGGAACCAAAAAUCUCAAAUUUGGACUCCAGACCAAAGGACACAUUUCCACCGGUCUAAUGUCCAUUGAUCGUGUUUCUUGGCCCAAGCAGUUCUCUUCUUAUUAUUGAUGUCCUUUAGUAGUGGUUUCUUUGCAGCAAUUCGACCAUGAAGGCCUGAUUCACACAGUCUCAUCUGAACAGUUGAUGUUGAGAUGUGUCUGAUACUUGAACUCUGUGAAGCAUUUAUUUGGGCUGCAAUUUCUGAGACUGGUAACUCUAAUGAACUUAUCCUCUGCAGCAGAGGUAACUCUGGGUCUUCCAUUCCUGUGGCGGUCCUCAUGACAGCCAGUUUCAUCAUAGCGCUUGAUGGUUUUUGCGACUGCACUUGAAGAAACGUAUAAAGUUCUUGAAAUGUUCCGUAUUGACUGACCUGCAUGUUUUAAGGUAAUGAUGGACUGUCGUUUCUCUUUGCUUAUUUGAGCCGUUCUUGCCAAAAUACGGACUUGGUCUUUUACGAAAUAGGGCUAUCUUCUGUAUACCAUCCCUUCCUUGUCACAACACAACUGAUUUGCUCAAACGCAUUAUUCCACAAAUUAACUUUUAACAAGGCACACCUGUUAAUUGAUAUGCAUUCCAGGUGACUACCUCAUGAAGCUGGUUGAAAGAAUGCCAAGAGUGUGAAAAGCUGUCAUCAAGGCAAAGGGUGGCUAUUUGAAGAAUCUCAAAUAUAAAACAUAUUUUGAUUUGUUUAACACUUUUUGGUUACUACAUGGUUCCAUAUGUGUUAUUUCAUAGUUGUGAUGUCUUCACUAUUAUUCUACAAUGUAGAAAAUAGUAAGAAUAAAAUACCCUUGAACGAGUAGGUGUGUCCCAACCUUUGACUGGUACUGUAUAUAUAGGCUGGGAUUCAAUCCGAUCCUCAUUAGAGCCACAUUAUAGCGCACUUGACAUUUAAAGGUGAUUUCCGAUUAAGCGGACAUCUACACAGUUUACCGAGAAUGCAAUCUCCACGAACGUCAGGGAUGAUGCUUUAAAAGCCGCAUUGUCAGCUGUCCAGCGAGCUGCACUAUGAAUUGAAUCACGCCCAUAAUGGUUAUGAAAUACUGGUCUUGUCCAUAUAUAUUUUUCCAGGUGAUUCGAGAUUCUUCCAAGGUUGGGCUUAGUCUGAAAGGGAACCAGACCAUGGACAGCUUCUGGAAGUUCACUAGCUCUGCUGUGUUUGCUGCCACUGUGGUCACCACUAUAGGUGAGUUUUAAAGGGACAGACCCACAUUGAAAAUGUACCUGACAUCUUAAAUGGAUAGUUUACCCAAAUUGCUAAUGUACCUCAUCUUAAAGGGAUAGUUCCCAAAAUUAUACAUGAUUGAGUAGUAGGCUGCUCUAGCCGGAGACAACAUUACAUACAUUUUAAAGGGAAAGUUCGCACAAAUUACAAAUGUGCCUGAUUUUAAAGGUAUAGUUCACCCAAAUUACAAAUGUGUCUGAUUUUAAAGGAGUAGUUCACCCCAGUUACAAAUGUACCUAAUCUUAGAAGAAUAGUUCACCCCAAAUUACAAAUGAACCUCAUCAUGUGACGUCUCCAUACAACGCAAGUUGUGUCAACAACUUCUUAAUGCCUUGUCUUCAUUUAUGCCUCACAUUCAUCAUAGCCCAGGAAUAUAUUGGCUAUGUGCUUCUGCCUGUAUUAUAAUGUAAUAGUACAAUUGUUGUUCCCAUUGUGUGUUCAUCAUAGAAACAAACAGACCACAUCAUUCCUAAUGGUUGAGCCCAUUUGUUUCCCCUGUUCUAGGCUAUGGCAACAUGAGCCCCAGUACAACGGCAGGUCAGAUCUUCUGUGUCUUCUUCGCUCUGUUUGGGAUCCCUCUGAACAUGGUGGUGCUGAACAGAGUAGGCAAGUGCAUGCUGGCCAUAGAGAGGAAUGCCUGUGACUUCAUCCAGGGAAAGACCAAUCGCAGGGUAAGUGCUCUACCUAUAGACUCUGAGAGAUGUGUAGAUAUUGCAGCAGAAGGUAACUCUUUGUUUUACAGCCUGGUAUUUACCAGGUAGUGACCAGCUGUGUUGUGUUCUUUGAGGUAAGUACCAGGAAGUAUCCAUUGUUACCAAAUAGAUACUUAGGGUUAGAUUGCAUCAGAUCUUCACUAGCCGACACCUGCAUAGCGGUUGUUUUGGCGGUGUCGGAGGUGGAACUGCGUUAGAACUGUCAAAUCCACAAGUGGCUCCUUGUGUUAGCUUAUCGCGGACAUGCCAUUGGAUGCAACGAAACCACCCGACUUUAUAAUCCGACAAAUUCCAUCCAGCCACGUCAGAAGUUCAUGCAGCCACGUUACAAGUUCAAACACUCGAAUGUGUGAUGUUCUAUCGUCGCUACACCUCAAUUAGACUGAUAGGCAGUAAAUCCCCCCAUCGAAAUGAACAUGAAAACAUGCAUUAGCCUACACUUUCUAUCGCUGUUUUGAACUUCUAACAUUGUAGGGAUAAUAAGGAAGGGUGUGGUUUGUGACACACAGCCGCCGCUCACCUAUUUGUCAGCUCAUACCGCAGUUACACUUCCAACAAUGCCAAAACAUCCACUAUGAAGAUGUCUACCAAUGCUGUUUAACGCUCGAUAUGAUUGAAUUGAGGCCUUAGUUAAUACCAUGUAAAUAUCAGGUAAGGUCAGCUUUAACCAGGCUGUAAUAUAAAGCAUUACCCACCGGAGUUCUGGAUAUAAAUUGCAAAGUAAACUCAGUUUAAGUAACAUUCACUGAAAUUUGAAUUUGACAGAAAAGGAGUGUGUUCCCUCUAUCAUUUUGGGGUAAUAUAUUGGGUAAAAGAGAACACAGAAAAUGGUUAGCUACCAAAAUAUGCACACUAAAAGGGUAAUCCGUGAUUGGUAGAACCAUAUAUCAAUCAUAUGUAGUCCAAGUUGGUAUUAGAUAGAACGUUGCGGCCCCGCCCGCAUGUGGGGAAAACAAGUGGCGCGCUGACCGCGUAGUUGUUGUUUGAACUGCAGAUUACCUCUUUAAAGAUGCCUUUUUGGGGGGUCCACAGAAUACAAUGGACUUCGUAUUCUUUCAACUCUGUCUGUAUACAGUAUUCAUAGUCAGUUAGCAAAUACCAGUGACCAUCCAACCUGUCAUUUGUUACCGGUUUUUCCUAAAAUAUGUGCGAAUCUCAAAUGGCACCCAAUUUCCAUACAUUGCACUACAUUGCCCAAAAGGAGUGCCUUACAGUAUAUAGGGAAUAGGCCAUAUGAGACAUUGACUCUGACUUCCCUUCUUUUGUCUCCAUUAGAAGUUAACCCGGUUCAUGAUCCACCUGUUGUCCUACGUGUCUGGGACGGCACUCUUCUUUGUGAUGCCCAUGGUGGUGUUCAAACAGCAAGAGGGCUGGAGCUACUCACAGGCCAUCUACUAUUGCUUCAUUUCACUCAGCACCAUUGGCUUUGGAGACUACGUCGCA